CCCUGUAUUUCAACGUUAACCUGUAUCAAGACCCACUAUCAGUUCAUAAUUUUUUGGAUUCUAAUUGAUAUUAUAUUAGUAUAAAAAGGCAAAAAUUGAUGCCUUCCACAUAUUCCGUGUUAAAGUUAAACGACGAUACGAGAUACCUACUAUAAAAUGGUUUCCAAAGCAACAUUACUAUUAUUGGUUGUUCUUCCUUUUGCAUAUUGCAGAGUCUACGACAAAUGUACUUUGGCGCGUGAACUACUUAACGAAUACCACUUGCCUCGCUGGCAAAUUCCAACCUGGAUUUGUAUUGUCGAGCAUGAAUCAAGAUAUAAUACUGCUGCUAGGAAUACUCAAACUAAUGAUCACGGCCUGUUUCAAAUUUCUCAGUUAUUUUGGUGUGAUCCCCCAGCACAUCCUCAAGGCUGUGGCGUGACUUGUGACAGUUUAAGGGACGAUGACAUCCACGACGAUGUUAAAUGUGUAAAAAAAAUAUUCGACGAAUGGCAGAGAAUGAAAGGGAAUGGUUUUAAAGCUUGGACAACCUACGACGCAUAUUGUGGGGGAAACAAUGAAGGGUAUAUUAAUGGGUGUGGCAUAUAGAUACUUUUAAUUCUACCUGAUUUUAUGACUGUAGGCUUUUGCCACAUUUUAAUUAAUUUUACUGAAUAUAUUUUAUAAUUAUUGUAAUUGUAAACGUUUGGAAUAUAAAUAUACAAGAAGUUUUACGAA